AUGGGAUCAGCAGGGACACUGCCAACCCUGGACUCUCUCUAUUUCCCGUCGGCGCAGCAGUCCAUUUCCCAAACACUCUCGACGUUGCGCCGAUCGGCACUGUCCGUCUCCAACCGGCUUCAAUCUAUUGAGACCGAUGCCACCUUUGUGCAAGAGGUCGCCGAUCACUACGGCCUACCAUUGGUUGCCAAUGAGCGCUGCGGAAGCUGGUAUAUCCCGCCCACGACCAAGGCUGGCAGUGCUUAUUUCAAAAGCACCGAUGGCCAUUCCGGGCAGUGGGACUUUAGCUUGCGUAGGUUGAAUCUACAGUUGCUCUCGCUGGCCAAGGAGCAUGGAGGCUGUGUAAUCGCCGAUUCGACUCGCCGAGGCAAACACGCGCUCUCAAAAACAGUCCCAAUCUGGGCCGCCGUCCUAAACCGGGUCCUAUUCCCAUCCGAAACUGCAUACCAUCCAGUCCAACUCCCACCCAAUUACUUGGGUGAAUCCGAAGAAGCCCAAAUCUCAAAUCGAAUCGACGGUUUCGUCCAUUCUCUCAAGAACCUAAAACUCGACUUGGACAAUCUGCGCGAGCAACUCGGCAAACCGUUCCAAAUCGUCUGGGCCAAUAGGUCAUACUUCCACCCAUCAGAUCUGCACAAGAGCAAUGACUACCAUCUGCUGGUACUCUGCUCCGCGUCGAAGCGUGUGCACGGCGCCGAGAUGUCCGAGGGCGGAUACAUCCAAGGCGCGGGCGAUGAUAGCGAGGCGUGGGCGUAUGGGCUGACGCCGCCGGUCUUCUGGGCCAAUCAGGAUAUCUUGAAGAGUACGCCAGAGGACGAGUUGCCGGAGCUAAUUGAUAGGCUGGUUGCUGAGCAUAAGCGGUUGGAUGUUGCUCAGGAUGCAACGGUCAUUUCGCCGACGCGCAAUCUCUAUAUCGGUUCGGCAAAGGCAGGUGAUGAUGCUGGGGGUCGGUAUGAUCUUAUCAUCGAUUGCAAUGGGAAAGCUGCGGCAGGGGAGGAAGAUGCAAGGAGACUCAGUCUGGGAUGUGAUUCUGGAAAAUUGGGGAGUCGGGAUUUGCGCAAAUCUCUGGAUAAAGUGCGUGAUUUUGUCGCUGCGCGUCUGGGAGCAGACCCAUCGCUCUCGGUACUGGUUACCUGUGAGAGUGGGAAGGAUCUUUCGGCAGGGACACUUCUGGCGAUUGUGUGUCUGUUCUAUAAUGAUGAAGGCGGAUUUGAUGCCUCACUGAGCAAACGGACGAUCAGCAAGCAGUUCAUUCGACAGCGGCUAGCCUGGCUCGUGUCGUCAAAACAUGAUCUAAACCCGUCUCGAGCCACGCUUCAAUCAGUCAAUGCUUUCCUGAUGCAGCCGCCGGAUUAUUGA